AUGUCCCUUUUGCGAGAUUCGGUGGUGCGGUCGCUGCGCAGGGCGGUCUCAUCUACGUUACCUGCGCGAUCUGCUCUAUCCGGAUCCUCUUCUUCCGUCUCAUGUACCGACGUCAACAUGCUGUGUCGCAGCUUUGCCUCGACCUCUCUCCGAGCAGAUGCCAACAAAUACUCACCAUUGAAGCCCGCGACUUCAGCAGCAUCAACAUACACUGCGAUCCUGGACUCAUUGCAAGAUUCUUACGAGAAAUCGACGCGUGGCUCUGGGUCUCGUUUCUCACGGCCCUCGGAUGGUCGUCGUGGGUACGUCGAGGAUCUCGAAUCCGAUUGGUCCGAACGAGCUGUAUACGGUGAACCCAGCUGGCCAGCAACACCGUUCAGCGGACGAAGCAUUCGCGUUACACCUCAGGCUGACCCCGCUCGAGCGUACGCGCAGCUGAGCGUGCUGUUGAGGAGAAACAAUGUGCGACAGGAGUUGAGGUUGCAGCAACGAUAUGAAAAGCCGAAUGAGGAAAGGAGGAGGAAGAAAAGCGAAAGACAUCGGAGGAGGUUUGCCGACAUGGUUCGAAGGAAGGUUCAGCUGGUCAUGGCGAUCAAGGCGAGAGGCGCCUGA